UAGAAAUUGGAUCGCCGUCGCGCAGGACUGCCAUCAACCGCGGUUCUCUUUCCAACUGGAAUUAAACGCACUUUGGAUUUCGGAACUUCCAUCGCAAACUAGACAUUUCCGAGCUGGACCUUUUCUUUUACAACUCUGCCGACAAGUAAAUAUUCACCAGAAAAGUCACUGAUAAAAUGGCGUGCUGGCUUUCUCUACUCAUCGCAACAUCACUAGUGGUGACAAUAUAUGCUACACCAUCGGGAACGAGGCAGCCAAGAAAUGAUGUAUGUCAGUUUGGUAGCACCCAGUACGUAAUAGGUGAUAGCUGGCAUCCCUACCUACGCCCUAAUGGUAUCGACUAUUGCAUUCUGUGCUCAUGCCAUGCGGCAGGGCAGGUUCGGUGUGACGGUAAAACGUGUCCGUAUCCCACCUGUGCACACCCAAGACAAGUCCCCGGACAGUGCUGCCCAACAUGUGCCUCGGAAUUUGAAGCCACUACGGUACAACCAACAACGACCCCUCAAAGUUGCCAGUACAAAGGCAGGGAAUAUGAACACGGUGAGCUCUUCACAGCGACGGACAUAUUUCGUUCAAGACGAGACGAUCAAUGUGUCCAGUGCAGCUGCUCGGCAGGCAGGGUGUAUUGUGCUUUGAGGACUUGCCCAGAAAUUCCAUGUGCCAAUUCAGUCGUUUUACCGGACUCUUGCUGUCCAGUUUGCCAAACUACAGCAACUGAAGAAGAUUACGACGGUGAGGAUCUGAAUGGGGGAAAUGCACUGGACGAAUCUAUUGACCUCUCACCUGAUGAACCCUCAACCGAAGGAUCUUUCCCAGAGAACACAGCAAAGGUGCAUCUAGAUGAGGACAACAUUAAGGCCUCGGAGCUCGAUCCCAGCCGAUAUGUUUGUGUAUCUAAUGGCAAGACGUACUACGAAGACCAAAGUUGGCAUCCUGUAUUGGUUCCAUUCGGACGCAUGGACUGCAUUCUCUGCACCUGUAAGCGCGGGGAGGCAGUUUGCGGGCGGAUGCGAUGCCCCAACGAGGAGAAUUUGCCAUGUGCAAACCCCAUACAGCGCAGGGGUGCCUGCUGUAAAGUAUGCCCAGACAUUCAGACCCCAUCCACGGGUUCAUCAGACGAAAAUCCUUCAGAAGUUGAGGAAAAUGAUGACACACCUCUUUGUCUGCGCAAAUCAGAGAAAAUUCUCCUGCAUGAGUUUGCUCCUUACUUGGUGGAGGACACUGAUGACCUAUCUGAGUACCAGUUCGUUGUGGAAGACCUGGACAUGAGAACCUUUGAAAAACACUCAUGGGAAUUUCGAGAUGGAAUUAUUUUAGACUUUCAAAUUGAAAAUCUGACUGAAGAGGAAUUUCUUAACAAACAAGAAACCAACAGAACAGGCUGGUACCAACUGACGGGAGCUUCAACACAUCACCGUCUGCAGAAACUGAAACGUAAGGAGCAGAAACUGGAGAAGACCUGUACAUCUAAUUGUCAGCGCCAAGUGGUCAGACUGAUAAGAAUGUUGAGGCCCCGGGUAGUAGAGAGAGGAGUGGAAUGCACCCAGGAACCCAACACAACACCCAGACAGAGGGGUACUGUUGUACCAACUCGAGGUUGAAAUGGGCUUCUAAGCCUACCAAGUGAAAGACAGGUGUAAGAGCCUAUCUUGUUGGGAAGGCCUGGUCCACAGCCAAUUUUCCAAACUGUGAUUACUUCUUUAAAGGUCAUGAAAGUAUUCUCUUUCCCCUUUUGGGUGGAUUGCAAUCUGAAGACCAGUUCAACAGAGUUGGAAUUACCCCCAAUAAGGUUUGAGGGGUGCAAACAGAGGUAUUGGAAAUACCCAUUUAAGUGGGUAGCAUUGGUUGAAAGACAGUAUGAUUCCAGAGGCCAUGACUUCCUGACGUGAAGUCAAUGCUUUUCUACACUGAGUUGAAUGUACACAGAAAACCUGACAAUAUUCAGGUAGGAGAGUAAAGCUGUCUCAUCUUGGGUUGGGUUGAGAGAGGUGGGUGGUCGCCAAGUUCAGAACUCAUCUUGGUUAGGACAGAUUUACAUAUGAUUCUCCAAAGAAUUUAUUUAUGAGAAAAGACAGUUAAACACGUAACAGAGGAUGGUAGAUGCCUGCAUUUGUGUUUCCAUGACUAAAGAAGGGAAAUUUUCAUUAAUUUACAACAAGGUUUUUCCUAAGAAGACUAUCCCCUUGAAAAUGACAGAUUUACUUUGUAAAUAUUUCAACUUGUACGCCAACGACCUUUUUCAACAGUAUUCAAAAAUGAAGGACUUGUACAUUGAAAUGUAUUGUCUAUUUGUGAAAAAAAUUAAACUGCAGUUUUGAUUAAUAAUAUAUUAUAUCAGAAAUAACUAUAUAACACAGUAGAAAGACUGCAGCCUAAUUAAUAAUGUACGAUUUCAUUUUUGCUAUUGGUAUGAUCUGCAUGUGAGCUUUUUCUACAUGAAUGCAUCUAGCUGGUAUCUAAAUGCCCAACAGGGUAUACUGUAGCUGUAUGUAAAAUAUUAUUAUUACCUUGUAUUUGUGGAUAUUAAUAUCUGUAAGAAUACCUGCAUUGGGGUUCACUAUUGUAGCAUAAUAGGCUACUUUGCUUCAAGAGCAACGAUGAAGGAAACUAAUACCUGAAGGUUUGAUCAGAGGACAGGUAAAUUCCAAUAUUGGAAAUCAAAGCCCUGCAAGGGUAUUCCUUCAGCCUGGCUAAGAAAUGUAAUCACUGACACAAGUAGAGUUAUGAAGUUGUUUAUUAGGAAUUUAGUAUCAUAAAGAAAAACAGCAUUUCACAUGAAUGCUAGAUUGUAGGUACAUUUGAAAAUGUACCAAAAAUAACAGGGAUAUCGGAUGGUCACCACAAUCUUUUUGAAAUGACAUUGUGAAGUGAUUUAAAAGGUGUUACAAUCUCUGAGGACAUGAUGAGAAGGCCUGUCUGUUACUUGAGUGUACCAAGUAAUGCUGAGGUGAACAUAUUGUUUGAUAAUAAAAAGCACAAAAAGUUGUAAACUGAAGGAAUAAACUGCGCUGGAAUAAGUGCAUGUUAUGAAUGUA